CCUUGCGUCUAUUGUUAAGGCGGAACCAUGGCCGACCAGACCGAGAGGGCGUUCCAGAAGCAGUUUGGUGUGACUGGCUGCUUCAAGAGCAAGGAGAAGAAGGCUCCGGGCAAGAGCGGCCACCGCUACUACAAGCAGAUUGGCUUGGGCUUUAAGACCCCCAAGGAGGCCAUUGAGGGCCACUACAUCGACAAGAAGUGCCCAUUCACCGGCAAUGUUUCCAUUCGCGGCCGUAUUUUGUCGGGCGUGGUGAAGUCGACGAAGAUGAACCGCACCAUCAUCGUCCGCAGGGAUUACCUGCACUACGUGAAGAAGUAUGGCAGGUACGAGAAGCGCCACCGCAACAUCGCGGCUCACGUCUCCCCCUGCUUCCGCGUGAAGGAGGGUGACAGCGUUGUGGUCGGUCAGUGCAGGCCCCUGUCGAAGACCGUCCGCUUCAACGUCCUGCGUGUGACACCUCAGGGGUCGUCUGCCAAGAAGGGCUUUUCGUCUUUCUAAGCGACAACACGCAUUUGUAACGCCCUAAGAGGAUACUCGUUUCAUGGAUCCAUUUUAUGAUAUAAAAAGUGUACAAGAAUACCUGGAUUUGCCAUUUCCGCCUCCUGUGCAAGAUCAGACUACCCGGUGUCACCUGUUACCGCCAGAAAGAAGCACAGUCUAACAUCCAAUAUCGAAUGCGUGCUGCUCAAGUGAUAGCGUGGAAAUCUUCCAGUCGCAGCGCAAAAUCACCAGCAUCCCCAACCUCCUUAAAACAGGUGCUUUUACAGUUGCCUGCAAACGGGCGCCAUCAUCACAAACCCUGCUUCCAUAUCCUAACUAGCAAAUCAACACACAAUCUCUACUUCUAGAGGAUGGCGCUUCGUGACCGCUUUUUCUGGCGGGGCCUAAACAAGUACCCCAUCCAUGUCUGCUUAGCAGGCGGGCCCGUCGUGGUAGAGCUCUCCAUAGACGGCAAGGAACUCAUCCGCGUUG